AUGCCUUUAAAGGCCGAUUCGAUUUUAUCUGCGGAUCGAACACCACCGUCUUUACAAGUACCUAAGCUUCCCCGCACAGAUGUAGAAUCUAGUCCUAGUCCACUUCUCGACGACUCUGCAUCACUUAACGACGAUUUGAUGAGUUUGAAUAGUAGUGCGAACAAAACUGAUCGCCUGCGGUACCUUUCGAGCGGAAUUAGUGGUGAAAGUAACUCCGUGAGGCAAAGUUUCGAGUCCACAUCUGUUUGGGGACGACAAGGAAGAGUUUAUCCACCAGGUAGUGAAAUGCACAGCGGAAGUAUGGAGUUUUCUCCUUUGGGAAACAAUUCAGUUUACGAACUAGUCAUGAACACUCGUCGUAAAAACUGGUUAAAACGACCAACCACAGACGAUAUACCGCCCGUAAUACUUAGCAAAAACACGGUGCCUGAAUCGUGGCGCCAAGACACUAGCACUUAUGUGAAUCAAAUCAAAUCAGAAUACGAAAUAUUUGAGCAUAACAACAAUUUGGAGACGGUCAAGGGUCUGGGCAGGCUUACGCUUAAUGAUCUUGGAGAACCAGAAGGAAAGUCCUCUAAGAAGGGCCAAAGUAGUGAAGAUGACGAAUUUAUAUCACAGCAGCAAUUCAAUUCGCUGAAGGGACUGCCGAAUUUCUACUUCAACGAGGAGUUUAAGUUAGACGAUUCUCGCACUUUCAGGAAAAUAGUUGACGAUAUAGAUUUGGGAUUCGAUAGUCUACAGUCUGAAUCACAACAAGAAAGAGAAAAUUCUUACCAAAGUAUGAAUGAAAGGCUAACCGAGUAUUUGGACAACAUUGAAAACCUACUUAUAGCGGAGAUCUCAAAAUCUUCGAAUAGCUUUUUUUUCGCACUGGAGGACGUUGACAAAAUUGAAUCCAAGGCGGCCAUCGUGAUUGAAAAGUUAAGCGUGGUAUCAGAGAAACUAAAGAAAAUCGAUCAAGAUCGAUUCCAAUCCCAGAUUGCCGUGGUAAAAAAAAAAAUCAAAAGGAAGAAUAUCGAGAGGCUCGAGCAAGGAUUACUUCAAGCCAAGCUUACAACUCAACUUGUAUCAGAGUGCAAGAAUCUCUACAAGGAAAACAAGCGCGAAGACUGCUUAGAAUUAAUAGAUCGUGUUGAGAACUUGCUUAAAGGGGAUGAUAAUAAUGACAAGCAUAUACAAGAGCUUACCAAGAAGUGGCCUUAUAAGCUCUGUAACUUGGCGUCCGCUCCUGCGUUUGCUAAUGUAAGAGAGUAUUUGACUAACAUUACGAUUGAGAUUGGAGGUGCUUACUCGAUGGAUUUCUGUGAUAUUCUACUGGAGGAAAUCAGAUCAAGCUAUACACCUGAAUCUGAGCAUUUUACGAAUGCUGUUACUUCACAGUUGCCAAAAGAUCCACAAAAGGAUGCCGAUUUGGCUAACAGCAUCAAAGGAAUUAUAAAGAAGUUGAUUAAAUGUAAAGAGUUGGCAAGUGCCUUUCAGCUUUACAAUGAGAGAUUUAUCGUCGAGCUGAAAAACAUUAUCAAAGAUUUUUUACCAAAGGAGCCUGAAAAUGAUCUCGACGCAGCUGAAAGAUCUGCAGACUCCAAAAAUACAGGUAAUGGAUCUAAACUCUCGCGACUUAUUCGAGCACAGACGACUGUCGACUUUCAAGAGAUGCUGCAAAAAAUAUUUCUACGUGAAAUUCAAGCACUGCGGAGGCUUUCCAGGCAUCAGAAAGUACUAUUGGAUGUUGCGCUCGGCAAUUACGCCGACAGCUCGCAUCAAAUUGGUGCAGGUCCCGAAAUGAUAAUACAACUCGAUAUCAAUCCCGCGAUACAAGAGGCUGUUCGAAUUGUUCAGCUGCGCAUGGGUAAAAUAAUUGCUGUUAGGCGUGAUAUCAGUGCGAAGCUGGGGUAUAUUCAUUUUCUGAAACUUUGCAGUAUAUGUUUUUGGUUUGAUCGCGAAUGCGAAAGUAUUACUGGCGAGUUCUUGACCAAAUACUUGAGAGACGUUCUUACGAUGCAAAUCAAGAACUUUAAUGCCGCACUGAAUUCGCAAAACGCUCAAACCGUGCGGUCUGCAAUUGAUGAAGAAAAAUGGACCCCAUGUAUUGUCGAAGCCGAAGUGCAAAGAGACGUUAAUGAUAUCGUUUCUUGUAUUCAUAUGACUCCAUCCAGCUGGACCCAAUUGAUGGAUUUAGGAAGCGAGGGAAACGACGGUACUAACGAAAGUACCAAAAAUGGAGGUGAUCCUGCCAUCGCGCCGUCAAAAGGAUACAAAAAAUCCGUUGUGGUAAGCGACAAAACUUUUGUGGCCAGCAACGCACUUUUAGAAGCAAUUGGAACAAUUAAGAGAAUUCUGGUGCUAUCGGUUAACCUCCCCAGUGCUUUUCUGUCCACCUUUGAGAAGAUGUGCUGUGAUGUGAUGGGGUAUUUCAACUCAAGGGCAAUGGCCUCGGUGUCGGCGGGUCCGGAUGGAAAUCCAUCUUCAAAAAUCGGAAAAAAUCUAAGCAUAUUAGGAGAAUCGCUUGACUGCUUGGCAGAAUUAGCAAUACUAGUGCAAACCUUCUACCUGCGACUGAGCAGUAAUUCCAAAGACUUCGAUGCCUUGACACCAGAGACGUAUUUGCAAUUACUGAAGACAUUCCAGGCAUCAUCAGAUAAGCUUUACCAAGCACACGCGCCGCCACCGUUACUGUGA